AGUGCCACACCGCCUUGACUAGUGCAGAUAAACUAAGCGGUGGUGAUAUAGUUAAAUGUGUGCUACACUGCGGGGUGUUAUUGUUAAACUCUGUGUUUCUAAAUAUUUAGUGAACAUUUUUUAUUGGGAGUAAAAAAAACAAAAACAUUUGACUUGCUUUUGGAGGAGCGAAUGGCUCUCCUUGUGGGUGUCACUCAGGUCGGCUGCUUCCUGCAUUGACGGAGCACCGCUCGAAGAAGCCCUAAGUGGUGCUGCUCGCCUCUCAAUUGCCCCGAAUCUGAAAGACGCGGGGGGGGUGUUAACUUUACGGAGGGACGCCAGACGACUCCCGGUGAUGGCUCCUAAAAGACGACCCGUUCCGCUGAACAUUACGCCCAUAGGAGAAGGACAGGCCACGUCUAAUACCAUUGGUGCUGCAUCGGAAGCAAACCUAGAGGCCUUACAGAAAAAGCUGGGAGAGCUGGAUCUGGAUGAGCAGCAGAAGAAACGACUGGAAGCCUUCCUCACCCAGAAAGCCCAAGUAGGAGAGCUCAAGGACGAGGACUUCGACCCCAUUUGCGAGCUGGGUGCCGGCAAUGGAGGGGUGGUUAACAAAGUCCGUCACAAGCCGUCGGGUCUGGUCAUGGCUCGUAAGUUGAUUCACUUGGAAAUCAAGCCGGCCAUCAGGAACCAGAUCAUCAGAGAGCUGCAAGUCCUACAUGAAUGCAACUCCCCGUACAUUGUGGGUUUCUACGGCGCCUUCUACAGUGACGGCGAGAUCAGCAUCUGUAUGGAGCACAUGGAUGGUGGAUCCCUGGACCAGGUUCUAAAGGAGGCCCGAAAAAUUCCAGAGGAAAUCCUGGGGAAAGUUAGCAUAGCUGUUUUAAGAGGUCUGGCAUACCUGCGAGAAAAGCACCAGAUCAUGCACAGAGAUGUGAAGCCCUCCAACAUUCUGGUCAACUCUCGCGGGGAGAUCAAGCUGUGCGACUUCGGAGUGAGCGGCCAGCUCAUAGAUUCCAUGGCCAACUCCUUUGUUGGAACGCGUUCCUACAUGUCGCCGGAGAGACUGCAGGGCACUCACUACUCGGUUCAGUCCGACGUGUGGAGUAUGGGCCUGUCCCUGGUGGAGCUGGCGAUCGGCCGCUACCCCAUCCCCCCGCCAGAUGCCAAAGAACUGGAGGGCAUCUUCGGACGGGCUGUUCUGGACGGGAGAGAGGGAGAGCCUCACAGCAACAUGCAGAAGCCCAGACCACCAGGGAGGCCUGUAAGCGGACAUGGGAUGGACAGUAGACCUGCUAUGGCCAUCUUUGAACUUUUGGACUACAUAGUAAAUGAGCCUCCUCCUAAACUGCCACUUGGCGUAUUCACUAACGACUUUCAAGACUUUGUCACAAAAUGCUUGAUUAAAAAUCCAGCCGAGAGAGCCGAUCUGAAGAUGCUGAUAAAUCACAUAUUCAUCAAGCGAUCUGAAGUGGAAGAAGUGGACUUUGCCGGCUGGUUGUGCAAAACCAUGGGUCUCAACCAGCCCAGCACUCCCACCCGCAGCACUGAGUGAAAGCCCCCCCGCGCCCUCACGUCAGCACUGCCUUACCUCUGGGUCUUUUUUGCUUGCAUACACAUAAGUUAUGUUGUACAUACUCAGGCCGUCACACACGUUUUGGCACUUUUCUCUUGUUUUUGGGCGUCAAACGAUUUCUGGCUUCCUCUCAUGUAUUUCUUCACCAGCAGCAGGGCUCUCGAGUGGUCGUACUGUAUGUAAGACCACCGCUUCACCAGGCCAGUGUCAUGCUUCCAUUGGGCUGCAGGGGAGUGGAUGUUAGCGUUAAGAAGCUGCCAGUAUGUGAUUGUUUUAUAUUAGAUGUUCUGUACGAAUCUUUUCUAUGGCAACAGUUAAUGGCUGGUGGGUUAUAUUUUAAUAAUUCACCCACUGUGGAGAUUUGACACACAUUAUCUUGCGUAAUCUUAAUACUGUAGGCUAACUGCAGCAAUUUUCAUUUACUCACCCAUGUUGUCAAACGACCUGAAACGAUUUGCCAUAUUGUAAUUACAUUUGUUGGCGAUGGAGUCGAAUGGGAGAUGGGCACACCUAUAGUCACUUUUUUUGGUGUACUCACUCUGAGGAUCACUUUGUGAACAAUGUCACAAACCAAAGAGGGUACUCGCACUAUCAAUGCCUGAUAGAUUUUUCUUUGGUUUCCACUUCUGCACAUUAGUGAACAGUGUAUCGUAUGUUUCAUUCAGCCGCGUUGUUUCCUCAUACAUUUCAAUCGCCCUCUAAUGGGGGGAUGGAGGCACCCACUGCGGAGGCCUAGAAAUACUAUUGACAAAACAGUGAUCAAAAUGCAUUCACGGGAUGCUAUAGCAUGGUUUAUCUUUCUUAUUACUGUACCUGUAUUUUGUUUCAUGGUGCGGAUGAUCAGCUGGUGUGUUGACGAGAACCCUCUGUAGUAUCGAUAUGAAACUUCAAUCAUUUGUUUUUUUGCUGAUACUUUGUCUUCUCUGUCGUGGAUCUGUACUUUCCCUACCCUUUCCUGAAGUGUAUUUGGUUCCCGCCGCACUGCAAGCGUGUCUCUCUCAUUCUCGGGACAAAGCCAGCAGAAUUGGACUGUGCAUUUGGGGGAGGACUUUGGCUUAAAUGCGAACACCUUUUACCCAAGCUGCAGUAUAAUUACAAACUGACUUCUAGUGGAACUUAAGCUUUAAGCAAACGUUUACGUAGUACAAAAAAAAAUGGGUUUAGGCGGAGAAUCCUAACCCGGUUCAGUGUCGGUUACACGGUGGUGGUGUCGCUAGCCUGCUGUUACUGCUAGAGCGCUUGUAUUUUUCCUUGCUUUUUGGCUGCCCUCUAUUCUCCAACCUCCACCAAACAAUGUGCAUUCAGUUCAGAGCAAAAUGGAUGCAUCGACACUUGUAUGCGUGCAAAUAUACAAAAAUUACAGGACUAUUUUCCAGUCUUAAUUUACAAAUUGAGUUUGAUUUAUGUAAAUGACAAGGAAAAUAGUCAUUUCUUUCGAAAUAUAAAAAUGUGUUGGAAAUGGUUAUAAUGUAUAAAAAUAAAAAAUUAUUUGUGAAGGUA